AUGAGCCGGUACAUCUUAUUCCUGUCCUUGGUCUUUCUGGUCUGCAUAGCUUUCUCUGAGGAGAAACACAUGCUCAUCACCAAGCGAUGCCUGUGUUCCAAAUUAUAUGAAAAGCUGAGGCCUGGAAACAUCAAGGAGUGGAAAGUGCAUAAACCAAGUGCAUUCUGUGACACCGCUGAGAUUGUUGUGACUUUGAAGAAACCUCCAGUGAAAGUCUGCCUGAAUCCUGAAUCACAACAGGGACGUGGAAUGAAAUCUUUACAAUUAUAG